AUGUACCACCGUCACUCGGCUCCUCCACCCCAGGGUCGGUCUGGUGGCUACCCCCCUCCGCAACACCAGUGGCCUCCUCACCAGCCUUACCAAUAUCCGCCGUAUCCGCCUCAAGGCCCUCCUCCCGCGCAAACAUUUCCUCCUGUCCAUCGCAGUUACCCAUCGCCCUACCCCACGCCGCCUCCCCACUCGCCAUCUCCAUACCAGCAUCCUCAGCAUAGACACUCGCAGUCAUGGAAUGCGCCGAGUCUCCCUCCACGCCCGCCCCUCGAGGCGCAGCAAUUCGGUAACGGAGCGCCUUCACACUACCGCUUCCAGUACUCGGCAUGCACAGGGCGGCGCAGAGCCCUACUGAUCGGAAUCAACUAUAUCGGACAGCCGAAUCAGCUCCGCGGAUGCAUCAACGACGUCACUAACAUGUCGACUUUCCUCCAUGAGCGAUACGGGUAUCGGCGGGAGGACAUGGUUAUUCUCACCGAUGACCAGAAGCAUCCCCUGAGCAUUCCUACCAAGGCGAACAUACUGCGUGCAAUGCACUGGCUGGUCAAAGAUGCACAGCCGAACGACUCGCUUUUCCUUCAUUUCUCAGGACAUGGCGGGCGAACUCCUGAUCUUGAUGGAGACGAAGAGGACGGCUAUGACGAUGUCAUCUACCCUGUCGACUAUCGUGUUGCGGGCCACAUUGUGGAUGAUGAUAUGCACAGUAUAAUGGUUCGGCCGUUGCGCCCGGGAGUUCGGCUGACGGUGAUAUUCGACUCCUGUCAUUCGGGGACAGCUCUGGAUUUGCCAUACGUCUAUUCAACUCAGGGCAUCUUGAAAGAGCCAAACCUUGCAAAAGAAGCAGCGCAGGACCUGUUCAGCGCCAUUAGCUCAUACGGAAAAGGAGAUUUGGGCGGAGUCGCCAUGACAGCGAUUGGGUUUCUCAAAAAGGCGGCAAAAGGCGACUCAGCCCGUCAGCGGACAGUGAUGACGAAGACAUCUCCAGCAGAUGUGGUCAUGUUUUCUGGCUCCAAGGACACACAGACAUCAGCGGACACAUUCCAGGACGGAGAAGCCCGUGGUGCUUUGAGCUGGGCUUUCAUCAAGUCCUUGAGACAGUGGCCGAAUCAAAGCUAUCUGCAGCUGCUGAACUCGAUUCGAGCACAGCUCGACGGGAAAUACACACAGAAGCCGCAGCUGAGCUGUAGCCAUCCACUGGGUGGGUCAACUUGUACAACGCCGAUUCGCGAGCUAACAUAG